AUGGGGCGGCAGGACCGCCGUUGCCUUUAUAGGAGCCUGCCUGAAAAGGACGCGCAGGCGCGAAACAAGUCUCCAUCGGUAGUUUCGGAUAAAGAUAAAAAGAAACCCAAAGAAAAGAAGAAGAAAGGUGAAUCUGGUUCCAGCAGUAGCGAUAGCAGUGGAAGCUCAUCUGACUCCAGUUCCUCACGAUCAUCAAGAUCUUCGUCAAGUAGUUCUGGCAGUUCCUCGCGCUCGUCUUCUAGUUCUAGCUCAUCCAGCAGCAGCAGUGGCACUAAUGACAGAUCUAGGCCAAAGAAGAAAAUUUCACCUCGCAAGAGCCCAGCUAAGGACCGCCGUGACCUAACAAGAGACAAAGGCAGGGAUAGGUCUCCUUUAGAUAAGAAAAAUGUGAUAGUACCAACAUCUAUAGAUAAAUCCAAAACAAGAGAUAAAAAUGAGAGAUCACCAGUCCGGAAGAAGCGCGAGCGUUCACCAGCACCAAGACCAACUCGUAUUCAUAUAGGACGUUUGACUUUGAAUGUUUCCCGUGAUCACAUUCAAGAAAUAUUUUCUACUUAUGGUACAGUGAAGGCUGUUGAGUUUCCUAUGGACCGCCUUCACCCUCACAAUGGCAGAGGUUAUGCAUAUGUUGAGUUUAGCAAUCCAGAUGAAGCUGAGAAUGCUAUGAAGCACAUGGACGGAGGUCAGAUCGACGGACAAGAGAUAACAGCAGCUCCGGUGCUGAUUCCGUCGCGUCCGCGUCGGUUUUCCCCUCGCCCACCUCCACCGCGUCAUGUACCACCCCGACGACAUUCACCACCCAGGUACCGCCGUCGUAGCCCGGUACGACGCCGGUCUCCGCCCCGUCGGCUCACAGAUACAGUACACCCCACUUUCACAAAAGCUGUCAAGUUAGCUUCAGUUAUCUCCAAGAUCCCAAGAUCCCGCUUCAAAGCCCAAGUAAUUAAGUCAACCGAUUAA